AAACAACUCACUCGUCGUGUACCGGAGGGAAAUAUAACCUCUUGUAAAUAAUUGUGUAAUAUUUCUUAAAUUAUAGUGUACAUAUUGAUAUUUAAAGCAGUCGGUGAAUACAGUAAACAUGGCCCGAAAUGCAGAAAAGGCUAUGACCACUCUUGCUCGGUGGCGUGCAGCACAGAGUAACGAGGGGGCCAGAAAGGAACAAGAAAGACGACCGUACUUGGCUUCUGAAUGUCGAGAUUUAAGGAAGGCUGAGAAAUGGCGAAUGCAGAUUAUCAGAGAGAUUGCAAAGAAAGUCGCACAGAUUCAAAAUGCCGGUUUGGGUGAAUUCCGCAUCAGAGAUUUGAACGAUGAAAUUAAUAAGCUGUUGCGUGAGAAAAGACAUUGGGAGGCGCAGAUAAAAGAGUUAGGUGGUCCAGAUUAUUCUCGGGUUGGACCGCGUAUGUUAGACCAUGAAGGAAGAGAAGUUCCUGGAAAUCGUGGUUAUAAAUACUUUGGUGCUGCAAAAGAGUUGCCUGGUGUAAGGGAACUGUUCGAACAAGAGCCUCCUCCGCCGCCUCGUAAAACACGUGCCGAACUUAUGAAAGACAUUGAUGCAGAUUAUUAUGGAUACAGAGAUGACGACGAUGGUAUCUUACUGCCCUUAGAACAAAAGGCAGAGGAGGAAGCUCGAAGAAAAGCAGUUAUCGAGUGGGAGGAAAGAAGUCAAAUCGAAGCCACUGUAGAAGGAGAAAUCGAGGCAACAGCACAGAAACCAAUUCCGUCACAGCAAGAUAUUCAGCAGGCGUUGUUAGCCAGGAAAAAGCAAGAGUUGUUAGAAAAAUAUGUUAUUUGACAAGUACUCUUUAUUUUUGGCUCUGUCGAUUGGUAACAACUAUCAUUAAGUUCAUCGCAGUUAGUAAUAUUAGAGUACACCUUUAUAAAACUCGACAAAUAUAAUUAUUAUCAUUAAUUUAUAAUUACAUCGUAACAUUGAUUAAAAUUUAAUCAUUUUGUGCAGUAGACGUUUAAACUUUAAUGAAUAUUUACCAAGAAAGAGUGCUUUAGAUAAAACGUGGACAAAAAUCCAACAUACAUUCA